ACCUCUAUCUAUCUCUAUGGGUUUCUCCUUCAUCGCCCUCCAGCUGGACAGGACUGUAUCGCGACGCGGUGUCAGAAACCGCUUGAAAACAAGUCAAACCAACGCAAAGCUCCAAGCAACUGAGCGAGCUAGCCAAAGAGCCAUUAGCUAAAGUCAAGACUGGGACAUGGCCAGCCAGGAUCCAGCGAAGAGAAACGUGUAGCCAGCUAGCUAAAGUUUGGUCCCUUGUCAAGGAUAAAGGUGUAAUGGCAGUGCCUCCAUCAUAUGGUGACCUUGGCAAAUCUGCAAAGGACAUCUUCAACAAAGGAUAUGGUUUUGGAUUGGUGAAACUUGAUGUCAAGACCAAGUCUUCAAGUGGAGUGGAAUUCAAAACCUCCGGCUCCUCCAACACUGACACCAGCAAAGUCAACGGGAACUUGGAGACCAAGUACAAAUGGGGUGAAUACGGCCUGACUUUUACAGAGAAGUGGACCACAGACAAUACUCUGGGGACUGAGAUCACUGUUGAAGACCAGAUCACCAAAGGACUGAAACUUACAUUCGACACCCAAUUCUCACCAAAUUCUGGCAAGAAGAGUGGGAAGGUGAAGACUGCCUAUAAGCGUGAAUACGUCAACCUGGGUGUGGACGUAGACUUUGACUUUGCCGGCCCGGCCAUCCAUGGGGCAGCGGUGGCCGGAUACGAGGGAUGGCUGGCUGGCUAUCAGAUGACCUUCGACACGGCCAAGUCCAAAAUGACCCAGAGCAACUUCGCUGUUGGCUAUAAGACAGGAGAUUUCCAGCUGCACACCAAUGUUAAUGAUGGCACAGAGUUUGGAGGGUCCAUCUACCAGAAGGUGAAUGACCAACUGGAGACUGCUGUGAACCUGGCCUGGACAGCAGGCAGCAACAGCACCCGCUUUGGCAUCGCUGCCAAGUACCAGCUGGACUCCAGUACCUCCAUAUCUGCUAAAGUUAACAAUGCCAGCUUGGUGGGAGUUGGCUAUACCCAGACACUGCGGCCAGGUAUGAAACUCGUCCUGUCUGCACUGGUUGAUGGAAAAAGCAUCAACUCCGGUGGCCACAAACUGGGACUGGGACUGGAGCUGGAAGCAUAAGUAUCUAGCCAUCCUGUGUAGUGAAGUUGUUUCAUUUAAUUUAGGGAAUCGCAGAAUAAUUUGGCUUUAUGUAUUUCCAGCCCAACCACCAUUAAGGGAUUAAUCUAUUCUAAAGCAACAACACCCCCUGCCCAACAGCCCUCAGUACUGUCAGUUAGAUGGAUCCCCAACACUAUCAGCCACUUAUUUCCUUUCAUAUGGUUUGUAGGCUGGUACUACUAGGUCUGCUAUUUAUCAAGUCAUGUGUUUGUUUCUAUACUGCUGUACCACUAGUGAAAUACAUCCUAAAGUGUUUUGCUUUAUUGGUUUGGCUCAUUGGAUUGUACAGUCUGAGGGGGGUUGUAUGAAGAUGUAUGCUUUGAUUUAAAUAUGUAUAAUAAUAUUAUAUAUGACGAUAAUCCUGAACUGUUUUGCACACAGUCAAAUUUAUAUUAUACCUUUUUCCCCCAACUAUAUUUAUGUUCCAUCUUUCCCUGUUUCAGUUGCACAUAUAGUAGCAUUCGGUUAGCAACGCUUUGCCUGUUGUUGGUACGGCUCCUACUAUGCUUAUCAUCAAUUUCCAGAGACCUUAAACGUUGAUCUAUUUACCUAAUAUUCUUGAGGAUUUGUUAACGAUGCUUAUUGCUUACCCACUCUGCGGUCAUUAGCAGACGUGUACUAUCUUGAUUAACUAACCUGCUUCCUAGUUGAACAUGGUAAACUUGCACGACAAUGCCAAAUGGGAUUUGAAAAGGAAAAGCGAAACCAUUGAGUGUAUCCUCCACCUCCCCUUCCCAUAGCUGUGUAUAAAUUAUAUGACUGGGACAUUGAUCAGAAACCAAGUCCACUCGUGUGUCUAACUUUACAAUAAAGUCUUUAAACAAGUCAA